AUGGUUGGCGGAAUUUUCGGCGGAUUUUUGCUGGGCAAAAUGCCGCGUUGGCGCAGCCGCGCGGGCAAAGACAAACAGCCACAUCUGUACACGCUCGAGACGGACGACGAUUAUGUGUUUGUUUCGAGGGACGCAAAGACGACAGACUUGGCGCCCGACAGAGACCGCGACAAUCGCGAUCACGUGACCGGCACAAUCGCGCCUUACGCGGAAAGCGCUGACGAGGUUGACGUAAGCGCCUGGGAAAUGGCACGGACCGCGGCUGCGGCCCGGCAGGGUGCCGGUGUGCACUCGCCUUAUGCGACAGUCUCAAACGUAGCACGGGUGCCGCAAGGCGCGCGUCAGGCGCGCCUUGCUGCCAAGCUUGAGACCAUUCGUCGCUCGGGACACAAGUCGUCACGGGCACCGUCGUCGCCGUCACGUGACUUACACGUGACGCAUUACAACGACACGUCCCUUGACGAAGAGCUCGAGCCCCUGUACGACGACAAGCUAAAUCGGCGGUUGAAGGUCCAGAAUAGACGGCUACACCUGGGCGCGCGGUAG